AUGGACCGCGCCAAAACAGCCGCAAACUGGUUCCCUGCCGCAAACGCCGUUGCCUUCGCCGCCCUCACGCCAGCCUUCUCAGGCUCCUGUGCCUUACUCGCCGCCUUCGAUCCGCAAACCUCCACCCUCCGCGUAGCCUGCACCGGCGACUCGCGCGCCGUGCUCGGCCGUUGGGACCCAGAGUCUGCCACCUACACAGCCAUGCCCCUCUCCGUCGACCAAACCGGCUUCAACGAAGCCGAAGUCCAGCGUCUGAACGCCGCCCACCCAGAUGAACCAAACAUGCUCGACCCAAACUCCGGCCGUCUCCUCGGCAUAGCCGUAACCCGCGCCUUCGGUGACCACCGCUGGAAAUGGGAUAACGAGAGUGUGAAGACCGCUCAGCACAAGUUCUGGGGUCCCGCACCGAGACCGGGUAGUAAGACGCCGCCGUACAUGACUGCGGAGCCUGAAGUUACCGAGACGAAAAUCGUACGUGCGGGUGGGACCGUCACUGCUGGCAAGGCGGAGGAGGAUAAGAAAAGCGAUUUCCUCAUCCUAGCCUCCGACGGCCUCUGGGACCGCAUCUCCUCCGACCACGCCGUGGAAUGUGUAUCCCGCUACAUCUCCGCGCGCGCCCGGGGCUCAGGUUCCGUGCGCGCAGACCCGGUUCUGGCGGCCUCACCGCCGGCUUCUUAUGCCAUGGCCACAACACUAGACGACGGCGUCACGUGCGAUCCGGAUAACGAGAAGGAAGUCGAUUGGAAAGCAACGCCCGAGUUCUUCGCUAUCGAGGAUGAGAAUGCGGCGGUUUGUCUGGCGAGGAAUGCGUUGGAGUAG